GGCGUUUCAUAUUUUUAAAGAGUAUUUUGCGAUAAAUUGUGUACGAUAAAACUCUUUAAGUAGUAUUUAAUAGUCCUGGAAAACGAUUGUUAAGAUGGCGCAUUACUAAAGUAUGUCAUCAUGGAAAAAUCUCAGCAUAAUCGAACAGAAAAAAUUCAACCUCAAGACCGAUGGAUCUGGCGCGCCAAGAUUGCAAUAGCUUUGAGUAUUAUUCAGAGUAAACCUCCUGAAGUAACGGUUGAGGAAUACGUUGUAUAUUUAGCAUGUAAGAUACACAGACAACAACAGGAAAUGAACCAGAGAUGCGAAGUUUUAGAGAAAAAUAUUUUGUCCUUGAAACAGAAAUUAUUAAUAAUGGAACUUGGAGGUCAGGAAGAAAGUUCAACUGAAACAUCGGGUAUCCAGUCGGAACCGGACACACAAUCAACAGAUGAUCAUUUGGUGAAACGUAGAAGUGGAAACAAAUCCCAAAAAUCAACACGUUUUGAAAGGCAGGAACGAGACAGCACACCAGAACUUACAGUAAAACAUCACACCAAUUUUUUCACUAGACUGCUUUCUCUAAAGUCCAAUAUGAAAGUAGCCAACCGUGAAACUGUAAGAAUAUCUGAUGUAUCAGUACAAGAUACCAUAAUAGAAUCGUUACAAGGUCUUCUCGAAUUUAUUUCUUCUGAUGUUGGAUUUAAGUUAAAAGACGUUAUACGUGAGGAAGCUCUAGACGUCGUCAAAAAACUAUUUCUUUCAACUCUUCUUGAUUCGUGUCGUAAAAAAGUCCAGAAUAUAUGCGAAACCUUUGUAAAAACUAUUGCUAAAGCUAUCAUGGAAAGCACGGAUAUAAAUCAGCAUUACCUACAGGACCAUCGAAGCUAUAUACUUUCGUCGUUAGCGAAAAGUGUACCACUGUUGGAGUCAGUUUUUGAGACUUUGGUGACAGAAGUUAUUAAAUUCGCCACGUAUCUUCGAGGCUGUGACAGAAAUACGGCUCGAGCUGCAGCUCUGAGACCUCCUUCUAAAGACUCGUCGCCAUUUCCAACCGCUCUUAACAGUGAGCUUUCCAAUUACUUUGACAGUGACUCUCGCUAUGGAGUGAUAACAAAAAAAUGGUUUUGA